CGACUGUGAUGCUAUACCGCUUUUCCUGGUCUUGUUGUCUGCGAUUCCGAAAUUGCUUUGUAUUCUACUUUCUCCAUUCCGACAAACAGGUCUCCAAAGACAACUGGGUUGAGAGAGAAAGAGAACGGCAAAGAUCACGGAGUUUCAUGUCAACAAACCACCUGCAUUAGCCAACAUCGGUUACGGAGAACAGCUUCUUGAGCGCCAAAGCGGUCUGGAACGAAGAACGCCUAAAAAGUUCAAAGUAUAAAGCUCGGCGAUCUGGAUUGUUCUGUCAGACGCUGCCCUAUAACCACAAUCUCCAAUUCUCGUUAUCUUAAGACGAACACAUAGCGACGUAUGCUUCUUGGAAGAGCCGUCUCAUUAUCCCAUCGUUCAUCUCAAGCCACUUACACUGUCGACAACAACAACAACACCACCACCAUUUCCAACGCUGACGAUUCCAACUUCCAAGCCGAACUACAACCAACAGCUCCCAACACUUUUAGACCGCGAGUCAACCUGAUAACGCCAAUAUCCGAAUAAAGUAAACCCUCUAAACCACACCAAUCGCCCAGAAUGAAGGGAAACGACGUC